GUCUGCGCGAUGUGGAAUCAGCGUCCCUGAUCGGUCGAUUGUGGCAGUAUUCUCCCCGACUUCUGCCACGACCUCGGAUACCGUAAUCACUGCAGUCCAGACGAUGCGCAAUCGCCGCGCUGCUGAUUGGCUGCUCGGCGUGCUGCUCCACUUCUUUAUCGCGUUUUCUAGAAGAUGUUGCCAUCUCUGCUGCGUCGGGUAACUUGUCCCUUAUAAGCUUCUGUGCCCUGUUUGCUUCAUCAUCACUUUCUUUGAUACCCCAGGCUUUCACUUUUCCUGCCAUUGAGCGCUGAGCCUACCUACUAUCCACUUCACAGCAAGCACAGGUAUCGGUGACUGAACCACCACCACCAACACAAUGGCGUCUGCCUCGCGAACCUUCUCCCGCGCUCUGCGCACCGCCGCUCCCUCCCUCCGCUCCACGACCACACGCUCGGCCCGCUUCGUUGCGCCCGCUCAGAAUGCCUUCCGCAGCAAGCAGUGGCAACGCAGUUAUGCCACUGGCAGCGAACAGCCCAAUGACAAGUACGAGGGCAAUCCGACCGGCAUGUUCGUCGGCGCCGGUGCUCUGCUGCUCGGUGUCGCUGGUUACGCCGCCUACACAUACAAGCCUGAGUUGCUCGGCCUCGAGGGCAAGCCCAAGGCUCCCUUCGUUCCCCGUUUCGAGAACUACCAGGAGGUCUACAACCACAUCGCGAAGCUGCUCGAAGAGCACGACGAGUAUGAUGACGGCAGCUACGGCCCCGUCCUGCUGCGUCUGGCGUGGCACGCCUCUGGAACCUACGACAAGCUCACUGGCACCGGUGGCUCCAACGGCGCCACGAUGCGCUUUGCUCCCGAGGGUGACCAUGGCGCCAACGCCGGCCUGAAGGCGGCCCGUGACUUCCUCGCGCCCGUCAAGGAGGCCUUUCCCUGGAUUACGUACUCGGACCUCUGGAUCCUCGCCGGCGUUACCGCGAUCCAAGAGAUGCAGGGCCCCAAGAUCCCCUACCGCGCCGGCCGCACCGACCGCGACGUGGCCUUCUGCACGCCGGACGGCCGCCUGCCCGACGCCUCCAAGGGCAGCAGCCACAUCCGCGCCAUCUUCGGCCGCAUGGGCUUCGACGACCGCGCCAUGGUUGCGCUGUCCGGCGCGCACGCUCUGGGCCGCUGCCACACCGACCGCUCCGGCUUCUCCGGGCCCUGGACCUUCAGCCCCACCACGCUGACCAACGACUACUUCAAGCUGCUGAUCGAGGAGAAGUGGGCGUACAAGAAGUGGAACGGCCCCAAGCAGUUCGAGGACGUCAAGACCAAGACCCUGAUGAUGCUGCCCACCGACAUGGAGAUUGUCAAGGACAAGAACUUCAGGAAGUACGCUGAGCUGUACGCCAAGGACAACGAUGCCUUCUUCAAGGACUUCUCCAGCGCUGUCGUCACGCUGUUCGAGCUUGGUGUGCCGUUCGAGCAGCCCGAGGACCAGAGGUGGGUCUUCAAGAGCUCGUUCGACUAAGCGUGUGCGAGUGUGAGGAGAGAAGAUGGACCGUAGAGGAUUUCAUUUCACGUCAAGAUAUCCAGUUAGAUAAACUAGACCGUUGUUUCAGGAGCUGAGGAGGAUAGUCGUGUCAUGAGCUGUAAAGAUACAAUCAAAGACGAGCGAGUUCUACUGUAUAUGACUGCACAUGACUGCAUAUGAACACCAGCUCGCACUGUGUACGUUGAUUGUGAUUUGUUUCUUCGAACAACAUAUGAUAUGUAGCGUAUGACGUACCGU